AGCGUAGAGCAGCGCUUUGAGUAAGCAAUGUGGGGUCUCUCCGCUCGCUUCCCCGGCGUGUCGCUCACCCCACUCUCCCCUCACACGCAACCGGCUGCCUGCUCCACCUGAAACACUUGUCCACAGUGCUCUUGUGACACACGUUGAUUACUACGCCUUGAAAUGUGACUCACGACACCGUGGCUAUCUGUUGGAGUACCCGCUGUUGAUAAACAAAGGAUUCCUCGAAGGCGCACCCCCCACGGGAGUGUUGGCAAUUUGGGUGGACCAGCUGUGGAGAGUCAACAUUUUGCCAUGAGCGUGGAUUUGUUUGCGCUCUUUGGCGUGAUGCUCAUCACUUGUUCAGCAAUGGAAGAAACUGUGAUGGACACUCGAGUGGCCACAGCUGAACUAGGCUGGACCGCAUAUCCUAACUCUGGGUGGGAAGAGGUGAGUGGCUACGACGAGAACCUGAACACCAUCAGGACGUACCAGGUGUGUAAUGUCUUCGAGCCCAGUCAGAACAACUGGCUCCUCACCACCUUCAUCGAUCGCAGAGGCGCACAGCGCAUCUACGUGGAGAUCCGCUUCACGGUUCGCGACUGCAGUUCCAUCCCCAACGUUCCCGGCUCCUGCAAGGAAACGUUCAACCUUUACUACUAUGAAUCCGACGCCGUCAUUGCCACCAAAGGAACUGCUUUCUGGAUGGAGGCUCCCUACCUGAAGGUAGACACCAUAGCCGCCGAUGAGAGCUUCUCACAGGUGGACUUCGGAGGACGCCUCAUGAAAGUCAACACGGAAGUCCGCAGCUUCGGGCCCCUCUCGAAGAACGGCUUCUAUUUGGCCUUCCAGGAUUACGGAGCCUGCAUGUCUUUGCUGUCCGUCAGGGUGUUUUAUAAGAAGUGCCCUAGCGUGGUCCAGAACUUUGCAGUCUUUCCGGAGACGAUGACAGGCGCUGAAAGCACCUCCCUGGUCAUUGCCAGGGGGAUUUGCAUUUCAAAUUCCGAGGAAGUGGACGUUCCAAUAAAGCUGUACUGUAACGGAGACGGGGAGUGGAUGGUUCCGAUCGGCAGCUGCACUUGCAAGGCGGGAUUUGAACCAGACAAUGGCAACGUGUGUCGAGCAUGCCCACCGGGUACCUUCAAGUCAACCCAGGGUCCCGGGCUGUGUCUUCAGUGUCCUCCGAACAGCCGCUCAACCGCUGAGGCCGCCACCAUCUGCGUCUGUCGCAAUGGUUACUACCGCGGUGACGCUGAUCAGCCGGACCAACCCUGCACCAGUGUCCCAUCCAGCCCGAGGAAUGUCAUAUCCAUCGUGAACGAGACCUCCGUGAUCCUGGAGUGGCAUUCUCCGAGGGAGACGGGAGGCCGCGGUGACGUGGUCUACAACAUCCUGUGCAAAAAGUGCCAGGCCGACCGACGCGCCUGCUCCCACUGUGACGACAAUGUGGAAUUUGUCCCUCGUCAACUGGGUCUGACCGAGACCAGGGUGUUCAUCAGCAACCUGCUGGCGCACACUCUAUACAGCUUCGAGAUACAGGCCGUCAACGGCGUCAGCAAUAAGAGCCCCUACCCGUCGCAGCACGUGUCGAUAGACAUCACCACCAACCAGGCCGCUCCCUCCAUUGUUCCCAUCAUGCAUCAGAUCAGCUCCACCAUGAAUAGCUUCACAUUGUCGUGGCCGCAACCAGAACAACCCAACGGUAUCAUUUUGGACUAUGAGCUACGUUACCAUGAGAAGGACCACGCGGAGAUCAACUCCACCAUCCUGCGGAGCCAAACCAACACGGCGCGUGUGGAGGGCCUGCGCUCGGGUACCGUGUAUGUGGUCCAGGUGCGGGCGCGGACCGUUGCUGGUUUUGGCAAAUACAGUAGCAAGAUGUGCUUCCAGACUCUCACAGAUGAAGACUUCAAAUCAGAGCUGAGGGAGCAACUUCCUCUAAUUGCGGGGUCAGCGGCUGCAGGAGUGGUCUUCAUUGUUUCUUUGGUUGCCAUCUCGAUCGUGUGUAGCAGGAAAAGGGCCUACACCAAGGAGGCAGUCUACAGUGACAAGCUGCAACAUUACAGUACAGGACGAGAACUCUCUUUGCGAGCCGACAUGUCUAACUGCCCCUCACCACUGGGCUGCCCGACCCACUUCUCAGGCUCACCAGGGAUGAAGAUCUACAUCGACCCCUUCACGUACGAAGACCCCAACGAAGCCGUCCACGAGUUCGCCAAGGAGAUUGAUGUCUCGACCGUUAAAAUCGAGGAGGUCAUUGGCGCAGGUGAAUUUGGUGAAGUAUACAAGGGCCGUCUGAAGCUGCCCAGUAAGCGGGAGAUCUUUGUCGCCAUCAAGACCCUGAAGGCAGGCUACGUUGAGAAGCAGAGGCGUGACUUCUUAUCCGAGGCGUCCAUCAUGGGUCAGUUUGACCAUCCCAACAUCAUCCGCCUGGAGGGGGUCGUCACGAAGAGCCGACCAGUCAUGAUCGUCACGGAGUUUAUGGAGAACGGAGCCCUCGACUCUUUCCUCAGGCAAAACGACGGUCAGUUCACAGUGAUCCAGUUGGUGGGAAUGAUGCGCGGGAUCUCGGCCGGCAUGAAGUAUCUCUCCGAGAUGAACUAUGUGCACCGGGACUUGGCCGCACGCAACAUUCUGGUCAACGGCAACCUGGUGUGCAAAGUGUCCGAUUUCGGCCUGUCGCGCUACCUGCAGGAGGACACCUCUGAUCCCAGCUACACCAGCUCUUUGGGUGGAAAAAUCCCUGUGAGGUGGACUGCGCCGGAGGCCAUCGCAUACAGGAAGUUCACGUCCGCCAGCGACGUGUGGAGUUAUGGCAUUGUCAUGUGGGAAGUGAUGUCAUUUGGAGAGAGGCCCUACUGGGACAUGUCCAAUCAGGAUGUGAUUAAUGCCAUCGAGCAGGACUAUCGUCUGCCCCCACCUAUGGACUGCCCCAGCGCUUUGCACCAGCUCAUGCUGGACUGUUGGCAGAAGGACCGCAACGUCCGGCCUCGCUUCACAGACAUCGUCAGCACUCUGGACAAGAUGAUCCGUAACCCCGCCAGCCUCAAAGCGGUCGCCAACAUCCCCGCAGUGCCUUCUCAGCCACUGUUAGACAGAUCCAUACCCGACUUCAACACCUUCAGCUCUGUAGAAGACUGGCUCGGUGCCAUCAAGAUGAGCCAAUACCGAGACAACUUCCUCAACUCGGGCUUCACGUCCCUGCAGCUGGUGGCUCAAAUGACCUCAGAGGACUUGCUGCGAAUAGGCGUGACCUUAGCCGGACACCAAAAGAAGAUCCUGAGCAACAUCCAAUCCAUGAGGGUGCAGAUGAGCCAGUCGCCCACUGCUAUGGCAUGACAACAGGGGGCGCCGUGCCACGGAGCGGGCAGCAUUCAGAGGACCACCAUUAAUAUCCCCAACGGCGGCCCUCGAAUGACUCGCGAUCCGUCGGAACGCGGCAGGGUCGAGACCGUUGUCUUAAUCUGAUCCACACGAGGAGACCAGGGUCUACAUUUCCACGCUUAGAAAAAUCCACACGGAGCAGUUCAGGGUCCACGCUUGACACACAAGGAAAAACUGUGGUGGUUUUUGACCAAAUGGGGGAGAAUUCCUCGCCACUAGUCGGGAUUACUUGUUGUACCUCUGUUAUUCGGACUAUUAUAGAAACAACAUGUGAUCUGUGGUUUUUGUUUUUAACUGGUGUGCAAUGAAGAUGCCUUGACCUGGCCAGAGUUCAGUAUGUAGAGUACUAACGUAAUCAGUAGGAGUAAUUACGGGGAGAAGAAUACAGGGAUGUGCAGUUGAAUUGUCAUCUUUUAGCUUCCAUGUUUUAAUUUAAUUUUUAUUUUAAUUUUUUUUUGGUCUUUUGAUCCCCCGCAACCAGACGACUCAGUCUUGCGUUUUACACUACCUGUAGAUUCGUGGGUGUGGGAGGCCUUGCCCACGGUCAGAGAAUAUAAAUAUGUUUAUCUCUUGCUAAAUAUGAUUAUAUCUUUUCAUAAUAGACCUUCAUAUUGAAGGUGAUGCUCAUGAAUGUGUAUGUACAGGAGACUCUCUGCUUGCAUUUUAGGCAAAAAGACUGGAUGGGCCACAUUGCAUUGUGUAGCUUCCCGAGAUGCCCCGCAAAUCAAUUUUUAUGGACGGACUUGGGGAUUGUACAUCUUCGAGCGACAGGUGUAAAGGACUUGACUCCACCUUGGGGUGACGGAUAUGUUAAAAAGAGAAGAAAAAAAAGUAUUGGUAUUGUAGAGCGACGUGAAAAUUGCUGUGUAGGAGUUCCAAAAAAAAAAAACAAAAAAAAGCAUUUUUAUGGGAGCUCAUGUUUAAUAUGGAUGUACACAUGCUGUCAGUUGCUGGUGAGCACUUACUUUUGUACAGUUUUCUGUUUUUAUUCCUCGUGCUUGUUAGCAGCGCAUCCAUCCGCAACGGAGGGAAGAAGGCGGUGGUACCUUGUUUCGGCCCGCCCCACAUUCAUGGCGCUUAGAAAGGCUUGUCACACUCUUUACACGCAGGCACGAGCUAGCGCACGGACACAGAAGAAGCCGUUCGAGGCAGCCGACGAGGAAGAAGGAUCACCACGAUGGCCAGGGAACCAGUCACGACCUCACACCAUUCUAUGGUACACGAUGGAUGAACAGGUCAACAUUUGUGUUUGUGAAGAUGAGAGUGUAUGUGUGCGUGUGCGUGUGUGAGAGAGCCUUAUUAUGUACAGACAUUUCUAUGGGCACAGGUACAUCGUAUGCGUGUGAACAUCUCCCUUUAUUGGUUCGUUUCUGUUUAGCUACCACUUGUAAAUUGUGACAAAAGUACACGUCCAAGAGUUUGUAAGAUGUAACUUUUCGGAUAACUGUUGUACUAAAAUGCACCUAAUAAACGCCUUGACUAAACAAGUCCAUC